GUGUCUGCUUAGCGGUUGGACGGAAAGCAUCUCGCCAUGGGCCUCUCCCUGUGGGUCGCGGCCGCCUGCGCGCUGGCGGUUUACAACAAGCAAGUCACCGCAAUGGAAGACUUCCAGCCGUGUUCUUCCGAAGCCGAGACGGUGCUUCAAGCCGGGGAAUCCGUUUCCAUCCAGUCUCCGAACUACCCUGAACCGUAUCCUGACAAUCACCAGUGUGGUUGGAUUAUAAGGAGCGCCAGACCGAAUAACCAGCUGUAUUUGGAUUGCACGCGCUUUAGGCUUCAAGGGCCAUCGAAAAGGGGUUGUCUCGACUACUUGUCUGUUAACGGCGAGCAGUACUGCGGCCGAAAGAAGCCCUCAGCGUCGGGCAGCGAACUGGUCCUCGAGUUCAAGUCCAACAGGAGGAGGGCGAAGGCCGGGUUCAGCUGCAGCGUCUCCUUCAGCCCGCCCCGGGAAGUCGAAGGUUGCACUGAGAUGAGUGAGCCUAUUCUCGUGGGUUUCGGAGAAGCAGUCACCUUCAGCUCUCCAGACUACACAGAAUACCCCAAUGUUACCAGAUUCUGCUGGGAAUUUCAGCAAGCUACAACUGGUAUACAACUUAGCCUCAGCUGCACUCACUUCCAGCUGCGACGUCCAAACAAGAGGAACAGGUGCCGAGACUCGUUUAUUGUCAAGGGCCAUGGAAAGUACUGCGGCACGGAGGCCCCGAACAUCACCUCGGACAGCGAGAGCCUCUCGGUCAAGGUCGUGGCCAAGCGGGAGGGUCGUGAGCCGAGUUUCAGCUGCGUCGUCGUCGGCGAGUUGCCGUCCAGCACGGAGGCGCCGUUGCCCACGCUCUCGCCGGUCAUGUCCUCGCCCGCGCCGCCGACGGAAGUCUGCGGCCUGAAGUAUGAGACCGACACUCGCAUCGUGGGCGGGGUGGCAGCCGACGCGAACGAGUACCCUUGGCAGGUGGGUCUCGUGUCCGCCGGCAGCCCCGAUCAAGUCUUCUGUGGAGGGUCCGUCAUCGCCUCCCAGUGGGUGCUGACGGCGGCGCACUGUGCGGAGGGCAUCCAGGGGCGGGAGAGCCAAUACCGAGUACUCGUCGGCGCCCACGACCUGCGCUCCCAGGCUCCCUCGCAGCAACUCCUCGGCGUAAUUGCGACCAUCGUGCAUCCUGAUUACGACUACGGUGAGGCUGGUGACCUUGUCUGCGUCGAUGUUGAGAUUGCCGUGAACGCUUUCAUCUCUGUGGUUCCCCCAGGACCGGUAGAUAACGACAUUGCACUCCUGCGAGUCAAGACGAUAGAGUUCAGUGCCAGGGUCGGGCCGGUGUGCCUGCCUCAGCCGAGCACGAGUUACGAGGGUCGCUCGGCCACGGUGACAGGAUGGGGCACGCUCAGUUCAGGCGGAGAUACAUCCGAUGUGUUGAUGGAAGUCCGGGUCCCGACACUGAGUGAGCGAGAAUGCAAAGAGUCUUAUCAGGGUUAUAUUACCGCGAAUAUGUUCUGCGCCGGACUGCCUGAUGGAGGCAAGGACUCGUGUCAGGGUGACUCCGGCGGCCCGAUGGUGGCGCCACGACAGGACGACCCGCAACGCUACGAGCAGAUCGGGGUCGUGUCCUGGGGAAUCGGGUGCGCUGAGCCCGGGAACCCCGGAGUCUACACGAUCGUUGCAAAUUACAUUACCUGGAUUCAGGCAGAGAUGCAGUGAUGCCAUUGCAAUCAGCUUUGACCGGCAAGUUCUCCGGCCUGUGGCGACCACUGAUACCUUAUCCCUAUAUUCCUCUCUGUCUGUAUUUCUGCGUGU